UGAAAUAUCUUCGUGAGCCGUCGUUUCUGCAGUCGAUUCCUGCACUUGUUUUGAUUUUAUUAUUGGGUUGUGCGUUGCGUUUAUCUAGUAGGUACAGGCUUUUAAUUAUCGUAGUAAAGUGAAACAGUUAAUUCCGUAUUUUUGGAAGAAAAUUUCAUCAUGGGAGGAGGCUAUGCUUGGGUGACGUUAGCGACGAAUGAUUCCUAUUCGUUGGGAUCCCUUGUCUUAGCUCACUCUUUGAAACAAGUUGGUACCAAACAGCAACUGGCAGUUCUUAUUACCCCAGGAGUUACAAAUUCCAUGAGAUCCAAGUUAAACGAAGUAUUCAACGUAGUAAAAGAAGUAAACAUAUUAGACUCAAAAGACGAGGCGAAUCUCCGUUUGUUGAAAAGGCCUGAACUAGGAAUCACCUUUACCAAGCUCCACUGCUGGCGUCUCACGCAGUUCGAAAAAUGUGUAUUUUUGGAUGCAGACACGUUGAUAUUAGAAAACUGUGAUGAAUUAUUUGAACGGGAAGAAUUAUCAGCAGCUCCAGAUAUUGGUUGGCCAGACUGCUUCAAUUCUGGUGUUUUUGUAUACCGUCCGUCCAAUGAAACUUACGAAAAACUAAUUCAAUUUGCCCUAGAUAAGGGAAGUUUUGAUGGUGGAGAUCAAGGACUUCUUAAUUUAUAUUUUUCGGACUGGGCACACAAGGACAUCUCAAAACAUUUGCCUUUUAUUUAUAACCUAGCUUCCACAGCCUGUUACUCAUAUUUGCCAGCAUUUAAACAAUUUGGCAAAAAUGCAAAAAUUAUUCACUUUAUCGGCGCAUCAAAACCGUGGCUACAAUAUUUCAACACGGAAACAAGGAAGGUACAUCCUUCUGAAGGUUUGCAACACUUGGCCAUCAUCCUCCAACACUGGUGGGACAUAUUUUGCAACCUAAUUCAUCCAGCCCUUACUCCUGAUAUGACCAGCCAUAGACACACUGUGCAUGGUAGUCAGUCUUACACCUCUCAAAGUGAUUCUCACACUUCCUAUUACUACGACCAUGACCAUAAUCCCUCUGUACAAAAUCCUCAAAAUGCGGAAGACUUCCAGAACGUAUGGGAUCCGUGGGAGGAAUAUGACUCUAGGCAAUCCUCAAAUGUAGUUCCUCAAAAUAUAACGCAUGAAGAGUCACAUUCACAGCAUUAUGGGCAAUCACAUUUCGAACAAACCCAUCAUUCUGAUCAUGGUCAUGAUACCCAUAUUCAUCAAAGUGAUCAUUUUGUACACACACCUCCACAUAUGUCUGAACAUCAUCAUCAACCUGCUCAAAAUAUCGAUUAUAGCCACCAUGAACAAUCACACUCUCAUAGUCAUUAUGUUCAACCUGUUUAUACCGAAAAUAAGCAAUCAGAAACUCAUUUUCCAGAUCAAUCUUCCUCUAGUUCUUAUGUAGAAUAUCGACCACCAGAAAUCCAUCAUUACCAUCAUUCUGAAAGUCAUUACCAUCAUUCUGAAAACAAACCUUCUGAAAGUCAUUACCAUCAUUCUGAAAACAAAUCUUCCGAAAGCCAUUACCAUCAUUCUGUCGACCACACUCCUUCAGAACACCACCAUCAUCAUCAUUAUGAGCACAAACACGAAUCUAGUCAUAAUUAUGAACAUCAUACUGAAAGACGGGAGUCUAGUAGUCAAAAUCAACAAAAUCUAAUUGAAUCUCAUAAUACAAAUACAUUUUCAAGAGCUGAUCAUAAUGUUCACAUUCAUCAUCCUUCAAUCCCUACAUCUAGUCAACCGCAUUCUCCUAAUAUCCAUCACCAACCUCCCACUUGUGAAUACUCCUCGGAUCAUCCUCCUCCAAAUGAUCCUAGACUACCAGAUGAGUGUGUGGCAACUACUACAGUGUCCAACGAAAUAACAUUGAAAUCAGACUCUAACGAGGAAAAUUCAAAUAACCAAGCCGGCUUAGCAGGUGCGUUCGCCAAUCUGACCUUGGGUCAACCAAGAACACCUGAACAACAAGCCUUAGACGACCAUUUAAGGAGGCAAGGCUGGGAGGUAGGAAAUAUAGACUACCUAGGACGAGACUCAUUCGACAAUAUAUGGAGCAAAAUUUGCGAAACAUUGGCACUUGCCCCUGAUGCAGAAAGUGAACCAGCUGCAAGUGAGGAAAAACCGGUGGAAGCUGUCGCUGAACCAGAGAAGUCUGCCGAAACAGCUCCAACAGUUGAGCAACCCCAAGAAGCUGCACCAGUGGUACUGUCUGCAGCUGUCGAAGUUUCUGAUAGUCCACAAUCGAAGAUCGAAUCACCCACAGCAGUAAUUCCCCCUCCUCAAACCCCACAAUCUGUUCCGUCUGAAUCAAAAGCACCUGAACCCACAGAAGCAGCUCCUAAAAUACCCCCUGUACAAUCGGUUCCCGAUCAGCCAGAAAGUCAACAGCCUGUUGUCGAAAUACUUUCGGCAGGAGUUGCACCUCCAGCGACAGGAGCUACACCUCAACCGGCAGGAGCUGCACCUCCAGCGGCAGGAGCUGCACCUCCAGCGGCAGUAGCUGUACCUCCAGCGGCAGUAGCUGCACCUCCAGCGGCAGUUGCCAUUCAACAGGAGAGUCCUAAAUCAGAAACGCCUAUUCAACAACCAACAUUACCUGGACAAGAAAGUCAACAGGUACCUGUAGAGACUAGUCAAGCUGUACAACCUUCUGAAGUUAAAGAACCAAGUACAGGUGCACCUAGUCCAGCUACUCAAACGGUCGAACCUGUUUCUACUGAGCUACCCAAAGUAGAACCAACUGUAGUUCCUGAAAGUCCUAAACAAGUUCCUGAAACUCAAGCCGAUCUGCCAAAAGCUGUAGAUUCGUCUAAAGAAUCUACUGGUACCGUAACUGCUCAGUCAGUAAGUGAAAAACCACUCACAGAACCUCAAACCGUAGUUUCCCAAUCUCCAGAAAAACCAGAAGAACAAAAACCAACAACAGAGGAUCUUAAAAGCCCAGAAGUCGUAAGCGAUAGUCCUCAGGCAGCAACACAAGAGCCUGUUAAGGAGGCUCCCAAAGACUCUACACAGGAAGUUCAACAAGAAACUCCCAAAUCUCCAGAGGAGGCUAAAAAAGUAACACCUGCAGAAUCUCCAAAGGAAUCACAAAAAGAGGUACUUACACAAGCUCCUACGGAGGCUCCAAAAGAAGUGCCUCAGGUACAACCAAAAGCAGUUGUAGAAGCACCUAAAGAACCUCCCAAGGAAGCUCCUAAAGAAGCACCGAAAGAAUCCCCUAAGGAAGCACCGAAAGAAUCCCCUAAGGAAGCGCCGAAAGAAUCCCCUAAAGAUGCGCCGAAAGAAACCCCUGCUCAAAAAGAAGCGCCGAAAGAAACCCCUGCUCAAAAAGAAGUACGAGUAUCUAAAGAAUCACCUAAGGCAGCUCAAAAAGAUGCGCCAAAACAGUCUCCUAAGGAGACACAAAAAGAUUCACCAAAGGAAUCUCCAAAAGAACCUGAAAAACCUGCACCUAAAGCAUCGACACCUAAGCAAUCUCCUGCAUCUAAAAAAGGUAAAAAGGAUACUCCUAAAGAAGAAUCUAAACAAAAAGAGACUGCUGAAUUACCUAGUUCCAAAGUAACAGAACCUACACCUCCCACGACACCCGUCUCUCCCCCUGUAUCACAAGAAUCUAGUUCCCCUAGUCCCGUUUCUAAAGCAGAACUACAAGUUAGCGCCAGUGUACCAGAAACACCACCUCCAGCCCCUUCAACAGAAGCCGCAAAAGGCCCUACUCCUCCGCCCCGCAAGAGUGGUGGUGGAAAGAAGAAAUAAUAGGCUAAAUAUAAUUUAUAUGUUUUUAUUUCGAUCAACUGGAAAUGUUGAUACGUAUUGCAUUUUUGCCUUCAGGUGUGUUUAACGACGGUGUUGUUUGUAUGUUGGCUAAUUUAAUUUGUAAUAAAGCUGUUUGUUUUUGAUAAACAAUUAAUAUUUU